AUGGUUCGUUGUAUGAAGCUGGGCCCGGUGGUGAGGGCCUCUGGCCGGGCCUUGAGUACGGCGGCCGGGAGGCAGCAGAGGAGGGCGCUGGCGGCGGAAACGGCGGAUCAAGAUCAAGUCACAAGGAAGAAUUUUGCAGAUGUCCAAAGAGAAAGAAAAGAACAAGCCAAGAACUCUGUAUUAAUAAGCUGUCCCUCUAAGAUUAAUGAGAAGAAAUUUUUAAAGCAUUUAUCACGACAUGGAGAAGUUGCCAAUCACUUCUUUUUUGACAGCCAUGGGGUUCAUGCACUGGUGGAGUUUGUGAAUACAGAAAGUAUUAUUUCACUUCUUUCUGCUACAAAAGUUCCAGACAAUGAAGAUACCUGUGUUCUGCCAUUUAAAUCUAGAUUUAUUAAAGUGAAGUCACAAGAAUUGGAUCUACAUCAUGUCAAAUGCACCCCACAGACUUCUGUUUCUAUCAACCAGUUAUUAAAGAAACUAAGCGGUGCUAAAAAUAUUGUAGAUCAAGCUCAUAUCAUCUUAGAUGAACUUCAGCUAACAGAGGAAAGUAUCAGAGUUCGUUAUCUGGUCAGCUCUUUAGUCAGUGACAUCGCCACUGCCUACUUCCCUGAAGCCACUGUUCAUCUCUAUGGCUCCAGUGUUAAUUCCUUUGGAAAGAUGGGAUGUGACUUGGACCUCUUCUUAAAUUUGGAUAGUUUAAAAGAUGUGUCUGGAAAGCCUGCUAGUUCAUUCGUCACAGAAUAUUGGAUGAGACAGGUCUCCUCUGGCAGAGUAGCCCAGCAGAAGGUUCUUUCUGUCAUUGGUGAAUGUAUUGAAAGUUUUGGCCCUGGGUGCACAGAAGUGCAUAAAAUCCUGAGUGCACGCUGCCCUCUGGUACGCUUUUACCACCAGUCCGCGGGUCUUCACUGUGACCUCACAGCAGACAAUGAAAUUGCGCUGAGAACUUCAGAGCUUUUGUACAUAUUUGGGAACAUUGAUAGUCGAGUGCGACCUCUUGUCUUCACUUUGCGUUGUUGGGCUCGUGUGCAUGGGAUCACUAGCUCUGUGUCUGGACACUGGAUCACUAACUUCUCCCUCACCACGAUGAUCUUGUUCUUCUUACAGAAGAGAAAUUCACCUGUUAUCCCAACUCUAGAUCAGCUGAAGAAUCUUGCAGGUAAAAAUGACAAACGCAUCAUUGAAGACAACGACUGCACAUUUGUCAGUGACCUGAGCAAAAUUAAGCCUUUGGAAAACACAGAACCACUAGAUACGCUCCUAAUAGAGUUUAUGGAGUUUUAUGGAACUUUUGACUUCAGCAAGAAUUGUAUAGAUAUUCGCAAGGGUGUAGAGAAAAACAAGCCAGAUUCCUCUCCUCUGUACAUCCAGAAUCCUUUUGAACAGUCGCUGAACAUAAGUAAAAAUGUCAACAAGUGUCAACUAGAGCGAUUUGUCCAUUUAGUUCAGGAGGGUUCCUGGACUCUGCAGAAGCAAGCCAGUCAGCCAUUGGAGAAAGGGAAAGAACACUGGGGACUUGCCUCAAUACUAUUCCCUACUGACUCUGAUGGAUUAUUCCGCUCAAAGAAAAGACUGGACGCUAAUAGAUUAGGCAGUAUCCUAGAUUCUUUAAAAGUCAGUAAUAACAACAGAAAAACGACAACCCAGAAGCAGACAAAACACUAA